CGCACUGCAGUCAACACUCAGUGAACUCAUUGUCCAUAUAGCCAGCUUGAACACCUCCAAGUUGUGCAAGAUUGAAGAGAAUAUCAACUCCUUACUUCUCAACACUCAGAAAUCUUCCGCUGAGAGAGCAGCGACCCAGACUUUCGAACUGGUUAAAGCAGAACGGCGCCAACCCUGCACGGCCGAGCAAACACCAGCAAUGCCGACGCAGAAUAAGUCCAGGAAACAGUCUGCGAACAACCGGCGCAACUUGUACCGCGGUAUCAGUAUCAAGGGAGGGUCGACGGGCAUGCUUGGCACUUCGUCAAGUGUUCAAUUUGGACGGGUCGAUGAACCGCUAACGGCCACCUAUCAAAACACCACACUCGAGGGCACCUGUGACGGUACACCAAGCGCUGUCCUUGGGUCUAUCGGACGCGCUGAAACCGGCUAUUCACAGUUCCGGGGUGUUGAAGUCAAUAACGCCACAUUCUUCUGUGGACCUUUGACUGAUAGGGGCCUUGCGCGCGAGACGCUACAGGAGCUUAGGGAAGAGGCGGCGAUGCUUACGGCGAAGAGGCUUGCGGCGGAGAGGGCUAGUUCCACGGCUGGAUCGGGGGACGCCGUGGGCAAAUCGGACAAAUACGCUGGAUGUUCGGGCGACGCAGGCACAUCAACUGACGACUAUGGAGCGUUGGAACAACCCGAAUAACGAAGUCGAACUGAAGAACCGCAGCCUAGGUGCAGGUUCACCCAAUUUCCUGUAUGCUCUUUCACAGACAAGUUCCGCGAGAGGGGCUUCUUUUGGGAAUU